AUGUUAUUUUGUUGUUAUUGUCAACAACAAGAUAAUCAUUUUAUUAUUCGUACUCUUGAAAAAUUACCUGUUCAUACAGAAGUUAUUAAUCUUCGACGUUUAUUAUUAUCAACAAAUAAUAUAUCUGAUAGUAUUAAUGCUGAUUUUAGUUUAGCUAAACGUGAUGAAUUUCCUUAUAUGUUUUUUAUAAUAAAUCAUUCAUCACGUGGUAUAUUAACAAUACGUAAAGAAAUUAAUCGUGAUGAAUUAUGUCGUUUACGUCGUUGUCGAUGUGAUACAUGGUGUGAUUUAGAACUUGAAAUAUUUGUUAAUAGUGAACAAUUUAAUAUUGAAUUAAUAACUAUACGUAUAAUUGAUAAAAAUGAUCAUAGUCCACAAUUUACAAGUUUAAAUAAUCAACUUAAUUUAACUAUUGUUGAAAGUGCACAAAUUGGUGCAAUAAUUAAACUUGAACCAGCUAUUGAUUAUGAUCAAGGACAAAAUGGAAUAAUUGGUUAUUCACUUGUAUCAUCAACAUCUCUUCCAUUUUCUCUUCGAUAUGAUUUAAUACGUAAUGAUUUAUGUCUUGUUGUUGAAGAAAAUCUUGAUCGUGAAUUAAUAUCAUCAUAUAAAUUUGAUAUAAUUGCAUAUGAUGGUAAUAAUCAAACAGGUAUAUUACAUAUUUAUUUAAAUAUUGAUGAUAUUAAUGAUUCACCACCAAAAUUUACUCAAUCAAUAUAUACAAUAAAUAAUAUAAGUGAAAAUAUUUCAAUUGAUUCAAUUAUAAUUCGUGUACAUGCUAUAGAUGAUGAUGAAGGUGUUAAUGGAGAAAUAACAUAUCAUUUAAUUAAUCAAGAUGAUUGUUUUGAAAUUGAUUCAAAUACUGGUGAUGUACGUGUUCAAUGUUUAUUAGAUUAUGAAAUAAAAACAAUAUAUCAAUUAGAAAUUGAAGCUAAAGAUAAAGGUGAAGGAUCAAAAACAGAUUUUUGCACAUUAAUAAUUUAUUUAAUGGAUGAAAAUGAUAAUUAUCCAAUUAUUGAUUAUUAUCCAAAUGAUAUUCAAACAGAUGGAAAUACAUUAAAAUUAUUUUUAAAUGAAUCAUUACCAAUUAAUUCAUUAAUAUUAUCAUUAUCAAUAAUUGAUUUUGAUUCAGGUGAUAAUGGACGUGUUACAUGGAAACUUGAUGGAUCAUCAUUAAUUCCAUUUCAAUUAAUUCGUUUAACAGAAAAUACAGGUGAAUUACGUACAAAUCAUUUACUUGAUCGUGAAUAUAUAUCAGAAUAUUAUUUUACAAUUGAAGCAAAUGAUUAUGGAAAACCAAAAUCAAAAUCAACUUAUUUAAAUAUACAUAUUAAUAUUUUAGAUAUAAAUGAUAAUAAACCAAAAUUUCGACAAGAAAAUAUUCAUACAACUAUAAGUGAACAUGUUAAAAUUGAUAAUCAACAUAAUUAUGAAGUAUAUCAUAUUCAAGCUGAUGAUUUUGAUCAAAAUCAAAAUGGAGAAAUUAUUUAUUCAAUUUUAAAUGAAAAUAAGAAUUUUUUUCAAAUUGAUUCACAAACAGGAAUUAUUCGAGCUAUGAUAGAAUUUGAUCGAAAACAACAAGAUACUUAUGUAUUACAUAUUCAAGCAAAAGAUAAAGGUUCAUCACCAUUAUCAUCAGAAACAACAAUAACAUUUACUAUUAUUCCUCGUAAUGAAUAUUCACCUAUAUGUGAUAUUGAUAAUAAUAAUAUAUCAUUAUCAAUAAUGGAAAAUAGUAAACAAGGUACAAUCAUUAGCACAAUAUCAUGUCGUGAUGAUGAUCAAGAUGAACUUAAUAGACAAAUGAGUGUAUAUGCACGAUGGUGGCCAGAAGAAAUAGAUGAUAAUACAAUUAAAUAUAAUAUUCCAUUUGAAAUAGUCACUCAAAAAAGUAAUUCAUCUGAGUCAACAAUUCAAAUCAUGAUAAUUGUUAAUGGUUUAAUAGAUCGUGAGUUAAUAGAUUAUUAUCCAUUACAUCUUACUAUAUCAGAUCAUGGUAAUCCAUCACAAUCAACAAAUAUUUCUUUAUCAAUAAAUAUUCUUGAUGAAAAUGAUAAUUGUCCACAAUUACAUAUUGAAACAUCAUUUAUAAUGAUUAAUCGUGAUAUAACAAAAAAUCAAUUUUUAAUUCAUCUUAUUGCAUCAGAUAAUGAUCAAGAUUUAAAUGGACAAAUAACAUUUGAAUUAUCACCAUUAACAUCACCAUCAUUUAUUAAAUUAUAUUUAAAUGGUACUUUAAUUAUAAAAACAAAUUCAAAUUUAAUUUAUGAUGAUUCAUUAAUUAUACUUCAUGUACAAAUACGUGAUCAUGGUCAACCAAUACCAUGUCUUAUUGUUGAAACAUUACGUUUAUUUAUUGGUUCAAAUCAAACUGAUUGGUUAACUAUUUUGAAAAAAAAUAAUAAUUAUGAUGAUGCAUCAUUACGUCUUGUUACUGAACAAUUUCAACAAGGUAAACGAAUGGCAUAUUCAUUUUCUUCUAUUCAAUCUAUAACAACAACAACAUUAUCUUCUUUAUCUAAACAUUCAUUAUAUAUAACUUCAUUAAAAAUUCGUAAACAAAUAUUUGCUGUAUUUAUUGGUUCAUCUAUAAUUAUUUCUAUUGUUAUAAUAACAAUAAUUUUAUGUUUUAUUGAUCGUUUAUAUAAAAAAACUAAAAAUAAAAAAUCAACAAUAAAAUCAAAUGGUAUUAAUAAUCAUAGUCCAUAUAUUUUAACAAAUGGUAAACGUUAUGCUAAUUCAUCACCUUUCAAUACAAAAUUUUCUUAUGAAAAUGAAUCACCUACACAUAAUUAUACAAAUUUAAAAUCUAUGAAACCUAUUAUUAUUGUUGCUUCAUCAAAUUCUCAAUCAUCAUCAUCAUCAUCAUCUGUUGAUUCUACAACACGUGUUAAUACAACAAAUAAUCGUAUAAUGAAUACAACAUAUUCAUAUACAGCUAUUGGAACAAGUGAUGAAUUAAUGCCUAUUGAAUAUGAUGAUAAUAAUGAUGAUAUUCAUAGUGGUAUUGAAUUGAUGAUGACUACUGUUUAA